AUGUUGAGUGUGGUACUCCGUUGCGCAUCGCCAUUUCCUGUUCCGACGUUUUUAACUGUGAUUGGCAAUUCGAAUGCGUUGUGGGGAGUAGGCGUCCAAACUCGCGGUCAAGGCGUACGAAAACAAUGCCGAGCCCGCAGUCUGACUCCGGCGGAGGCUGCGAUUAUGUCGGCAGCGCGGUCGCUCGGGCAUGUUCCAAGCACACUGACAAAGGGCCAAGUGGCGGCCCUCAAGGCUCACUUGUCCCCAGCCGACGUUGAGUGGGUCGCGCGAGACGCGCUGGGGCUCGCGCUAGAAGUGCCGUGUUACGAAGCCACGGCGGCCGUGCUGGGCGACGGAUGUACCUGUGGCAAGUUCGCCGGGGACAUCACGUCCUCCACCCCCACUUUGUCGUCGUUGCCUCCCAUCGACUCGUUCAAGUUGUACGUGGAAGUGCUGUCGACGGCGUCAGCACUAGUGUCUAAAGAGAACAAAAUCUUCAAGGGGGUACCCAAAGCGUGGCCGGCAGUCGGUCCGUUCCUCACCGAUCGCGUCGGGUUUGAUUUUCCGAUCCUGUCGAAACUGACGCACCAAGGCCCCGUCCAGGCGAUCGCGGGGGUGCUCGCCGACAACGUCGACGCUUCAGUAAUGCGCCCCUUCUGGACGAUAUGA